GGGGCCCGGGAAUUUCCCCGCGGCGCAGCGGUCAGCUGAGCUGCGCUGGGCGUCGUCGCGCGGCCGCCAGUCAGCCCGAGGCUCCCGAGCCCCCCGGCCGGUGCCCUGGUCGCGUCUGCAUCCGGGUCCGGAGCCCGCCCCCAGCGGGCACGAUGCCCAGAAAGCCGUGACCCGGAGAGAGGCGGGAGCGCCGGGAGUCGUGGUCUCACCAUGUCCCACCAACCACAUGGCGGCCGGACAGAGAAGGGGGACAGCCCCAGUGAAGCCACCGGAAAUGGGCCCCCCGGCCUGGCCCCCCCGAGCCUGGACACGCUCACGCCUGAGGAGCUGCUGCAGCAGAUGAAGGAGCUCCUGGCCGAGAACCACCAGCUGAAGGAAGCCAUGAAGCUGAAUAACCAGGCCAUGAAGGGACGCUUCGAGGAGCUUUCUGCCUGGACAGAGAAACAGAAGGAAGAACGCCUUUUCUUUGAGACCCAGAGCAGAGAAGCCAAAGAGCGCCUGAUGGCUUUGAGUCAAGAAAAUGAAAAAUUGAAGGAAGAAAUCAGAGUACUCACAGGGAGAGCAGAGAAGGCCCCGGAGGACCCCUGCAAGGACCCCAGGGCCCUCCCGGCUGAAGGGGAGCGGGAAGUGGAGCAGCUGAAGACGCAGGUGGGCCGCCUGCAGGCCGAGAAGGCCGACCUGCUGGGCAUCGUGUCCGAGCUCCAGCUGCAGCUGGGCUCCGGCACUAGCUCCUCCGAGGACUCCUUCGUGGAGAUUCGGAUGCCCGAAGGAGGGGUCGACGUGGCCACAAAGGACCUGAACCCUGACCCCAGGCCUGCCCGGGCGGACCCCAUGGACACGAGCAGGGCGGCGGCAGGUCCCAGGGAUCAUCUGGAGUCUGAGGAGUUGACUGUGAGCCAGCUCCUCCUCUGUCUGCGAGAAGGAAACCAGAAGGUGGAGAGCCUCGAGCUCGCCCUCAGGGAGGCCCAGGAAAGAAUUUCCUAUUAUGAAAAGCGAGUCCCCGCUCACGCUGAGACCGAGACGCAGACAGAGGGGCACACAGACCGCGAGGAAGAAGAGGAGCAGGGCCCAGAGAGUGUGGGGAGUGAGGUCAGGAUGCUGAGCCAGCAGGUGACGAGCCUGUUCAAGGAGCUGCAGGAGGCGCACUCGAAGCUCGGCGAGGCGGAGCUGGUGAAGAAGAGGCUGCAGGAGAAGUGUCAGGCCCUGGAGAGGAAAGGCAGUGCGAGCCCGUCCGAGCUGAGCGAGAGGCAGGAGCUCCUCUACAGGAACAGGAAGCUGGAGCUGCAAGUGGAGAGCAUGCGGUCGGAGAUCCACAUGGAGCAGGCGAAGACCGAGGACAAGAAGGCCAGGCUGGCCGCCCUGCAGGCGGCGCACAGCACCUUGCUGCAGGAACACAACCACACUCUGAGGACCGUCGAGGAGCUCAAAAGGAAAGAGUCAGAGAAAGUGGAGCAGGGGGAGGUCCAGGGGCUGCGGGAGAAGCUGGCGGCGGCGGAGAAGGCCCUGGCGUCCAAGCAGCUGCAGAUGGACGAGAUGAAGCAGACCAUCGCGCGCCAGGAGGAGGGGCUGGAGACCAUGGGCGUGCUGCGGGCGCAGAUGGAGGUUUACUGCUCCGACUUCCACGCCGAGAGGGCAGCGAGAGAGAAGAUUCACGAAGAGAAGGAGCAGCUGGCGCUGCAGCUGGCACUCCUGCUGAAGGAGAACGACGCGUUUGAGGACGGCAGCAGGCAGUCGCUCAUGGAGAUGCAGAGCCGCCACGGGGCGCGCGCCGGUGACUCAGAGCCGCAGCCCUGCCUGGUCCAGAGAGGAGCCGAGGAUCGGAACUGGCAGCCGCCGCCCGUCCACUGCUGCCCCAAGUGUGCGGCCAUCCUCCCGGACAUCGACACACUCCAGAUCCACGUCAUGGACUGCAUCAUCUAGCCCGGGCAGCCCUGCCUCCCGAGCCGUCGUUGUGUUCCUCGUUUUUUACGCUAACGUUUUCACGCGUUGUGUUUGUUUCAGGAGACAGGAGUGGGUGUCUGAUAGUUUGUGUGGAUGUCCGUCGACCGGCGGGACAGAGCCCUCCACAGAACAUGCUCCUCCCGAGAGUCUCGCACGGACCCAUCCCCGGCGGGACAGACCCCAGGAAUGCCGGGCGGGAGCAACCACGGAGGCGUUUUAAGAGGCUCGUAAAGGAGGCAGGAAGUGACGGGAAGGAAACCUCUCCAGCAUUAUUUUUCGACGUCGUGGUAAUAGUCUCCGUGCGUUUGAGGCAUGUGUCUGUUGUGCUGCAGUGGCCGCCUGGCCGUCCCGGAGCUCAGGACUGCAGCGGCACGGCAGCAUGCGUGCGAGGUGUCGGCAAAGCGCAGAGCGCCAGGCUCCUGGCUCCGCAGCCGUCGGCUCCUCCACGGCGCUGCCGAGACCCCGUCUUACACAGUACAUAGUUUAUUAGUUUUGGAAGAGCCGCUGUCUAAUUUCCUCCUGGUAUUCAUGAUCACAGAAAAUAGUUGGUGCAAAAUAAAAUUUGACUUAGUAAUCUUC